CUUCUCACCAAACGCGCCAAUACGCUCGCCUGCCUUACUGUAGCCCCUCCCCCAAUUCUGGCCCAUACCGACUACAAGUCAUGCUUAAUAAAAUGCGGUGACACCGUUCAGUAACUUACUAUGUACGUUACUACCAGACAGACACACGUGCUCAGACAGUCACUAUGUACGAUUCCGUCUCGUCGUAAAUCCGCCACAGAUUAACUCGUCUAUCAUGAUUAUUCAACUUCGUGUGUGAGCUUUUUUUUUCUUUCUCACCCCCAAAUAUUAUAUUGCCUGAUAUGUGAGAAUUUUGAUAUGGAUGUAAGCGGUUUAGUGCUUUUCCUUCUCUCGGUUUCGGUUGGUAAUGCGCUAGCGGGCACCUGCUGGUUGUCAAUGACCAAACAGAAUAUGUGUAUGGGAGCCUUUAAUUUGAACGUGACGAAACAAGAAUGCUGUCGGAGUGCUUCUCCGUACGUGAGCUGGACUGCACAGACCUUCACGUCCACCGGGGACCUGUUCUAUUGGCAAGAGCUGAUAGGGGGCGCCCCAAACUGCCAACUUUGUCACAAGACCUGCAAAGAUAUCAAAUGUCUGAGGGGGAAACAGUGCCGUUUGAAGAAGGGGGUUCCCAAAUGCGUCUGUAUAAUCAAAUGCACGCAGAGACAGAGGAAAUCCCGAAAGAUAUGUGGCUCGGAUGGAAAGACCUACAACAAUGAAUGUCAACUUCGAAGAAGAAACUGUAAACGAGAGACAUCAGUGUCCAUGGCUUACAGAGGUGUUUGCAGACGAUCUUGCAAGAAAGUUAGGUGUUUGAAUGGAAAGCGUUGCCUCGAGGACCAGAAUGGCCUACCACACUGUGUUCACUGCCGAGUGAGCUGCCCUGAGACCUCUGACGUCCAGGUUUUAUGUGGAGAGGAUGGCAAGACAUAUCGAAAUACCUGUGAGUUGAGGGCAGCAGUAUGCAGACGGCAUAAAUCAAUAAGAAUUGCCUACUAUGGAGAAUGUCGAGAGAGCGCCACUUGUUUGGACACCAAGUGCUCAGACGGAAUGUCUUGUCUGACUAACCCUGUCAACCAUCAACCGCUGUGCGCCCAGUGCAAAGCGCGCACCUGUUCACCUCUGUCCCGAUAUAAGGUAUGCGGAACGGAUGGCGUGGACUAUAAGAACUACUGUUUCCUAAUGCGGGCGUCUUGUGAGAUGGGAAUAGCUUUAGAUACACGACACAGCGGUUCGUGUGACAAAUCCAGGUGGAGAAGGAAACAAAAACACAAAAGGAGAAGACGUAGGAAAAAUAACCCGAGGGGGAGACACAGAUCGAGAUUUGUCGAUGCUGUUCUCAGAAGUUCGGAUGGAAUACAAAUCAAAUUACGAUUGAAACAGGUACAUUCCAAGGACAAAAAUGGCGUGUCGUUGCCGUUAGCUCUAGGACAUUUGUUUUCUCAGAAACAUAACAAAGAAAACGGAUGAGUCGCUGAUAUUCAGGAAGGAAACUCGCCAUAGUGCCACAUCACGACAGUGCUGGCCCAUGUACAAAGGGAGCAUGCGCAAUAGAUCCUAAUACGUCACUACCGGAAAAGUCUUUCUUCGCCAUGAUGGCAAUUUCAAACAUCUACGUGUUAUGUGUUGUUAUAAUUUAUUGUAACUUAUUUAUUUAUGUGCUCCAGAUAUUUUUGUAUAAAUAUGUACCAAUGAUAUUAAGAAGUUAAAGGUAACUUUCACCCAAAAAUGGUCAUAUUAAAAUGAGACUAGAAAAAAGAUCAGAACUCAUCAUUUAGAGCAGUAAUACACAAAUCUUGUUUUCCGUCCUUUGUGAUCGUGCCUUGAUUUGCUUUUACCAAAUAAAAAAGCGAUAAACAAGACUA